AUGCACCACUCUCAGCUUGCCCCACUGCCGAAUGAUCUGCCCUUUCGGAUUGUCUCCAAAACGAUCGGUCAGGGUGCCUAUGCCUGUAUUAAGAAAGCAUGUCCCUCCCACGUCGAUAACCCCGUCUUCGCCGUCAAAUUUAUUCACAAAGAAUACGCUGCUCGGCAUGGCAAGAUCAGUCCGCGACAGUUGCAGAUGGAAGCGACGGUGCACAAGCACAUCGGUGAUCACAACAAUAUAAUCUCGUUCUUCCAGACCGGCGAGGAUAGCGUGUGGCGAUGGAUCGCGAUGGAACUCGCCGAGGGCGGAGAUCUUUUCGACAAGAUUGAAGCUGACGAGGGCGUUGGCGAGGAUGUCGCGCAUGUGUAUUUCUCGCAGCUCGUCAGUGCGGUGGGCUACAUGCACUCGAAGGGCGUCGGUCACCGAGAUAUCAAACCAGAGAACAUGCUCCUCACUGCGGAUGGAAAUCUCAAAAUCGCCGACUUCGGUCUGGCGACGUUGUUCGAAUACAAAGGAGUCACGAAACUCUCGACAACGUUCUGCGGAAGUCCUCCGUAUAUUGCACCCGAGGUCAUAUCAUCUAGCACGAGGGCACAAUGUAAGGGAGCGGGAUACCGGCCAGAUCUGGUGGAUAUCUGGUCGUGUGGGAUCGUGCUCUUUGUCCUGCUGGCGGGCAAUACCCCAUGGGACAGCCCAACUGACAGUAGCUACGAGUUCCAUGAAUAUGUCGCAACGAAUGCACGAACGUCCGAUGAACUCUGGCAGAAGCUGCCGCCGGCAACUCUAUCUCUACUCCGUGGCAUGUUGAACAUCAAUCCCAGUAGCAGGUUCUCCCUGGAGGAUGUGCGAAGACAUCCUUGGUACACGAGGCCAAAUCGAUACUUAUCCCCGGAUGGCAGGCUGAGAGACACCAUCAAUCUGGCCACAACCAUGUUUGAAUCGCUACAUAUAGACUUUAGUCAGGAUCCCCUCUCGCGACCGUUGCGAACUGGCAGCUUCGACCCGGAGAGGCUGGGAAUGGACACCGACAGUGACUUCGAUAUCGACCUUAGGAUUUCUUCGACCCAGCCCGAGAUGCCAAGAGGGGACAUGUUAGUCGACUGGGAUACGCCUCAUAUGAAUGAUGUGUUCUCCUCAACUCAACCUACUGGAAAACUGCUCUCUUCCGACGAUAUGGUGAUGGCCGGAUACCUAGAGGACGAGCCAUCAAUGUCUCAGUUCUCAUUGCAUCCUUCUGUGCCGCUCAGCAGAACACAAAAGGCCCAGCGAUUCCACGACAUCGUGCCUUGCCGCCCUCUGACGCGCUUCUAUUCAACAUGGGAACUCAAGAUUCUCAUUCCUCUCGUCUGCGAAGCCCUCCACCGUCUAGGAGUUCCGGUCCCGACUGUGCCCGCAGUUGCUACAGGAGACACUGCGGCCAUGAUCCGGAUCAUCACCAGAGAUGGGCGGAUGUGCGCCUUGCAGGGAAAAGUCGUCAUUGAGUGUGUCUCGGAAGGGCUCUUUGAGAUCGAGUUCAUGAAAGUAAAGGGCGAUCCCCUCGAAUGGCGACGCUUUUUUAAGAAAGUCGCGGUUCUUUGCAAAGACGCCAUCUACAUUCCUGACAACUAA